AUGGACAGUGUCGUCAGCAUUUUCAGUUGGGGAUCUUCCUUGUUCAUAAUUGUCACUACGGUUGUGAUUUCGAUUUCAUUCUAUCUCUUCAAAAACCUGACACGGCGUGGACACCGUCAGGCUCCAAAAAGUAGUCAAAAGAAGAAUAAAGAUAAAAAGGAUGAAAGGAAGUCGGACAAGCAGUCUUAUAAAUCCGAUAAAGUGGCUUCUGAUGCUGCGCAGGCAGUCUCUGCUGUGAAAAAAGAUAAUUCACCAAAAAAACGAAAGGAGCCAAUUACUAUGACAGUUGAAGAUGACUGGGUGGCCGUUAAGCCUGGUAAAUCUCAAUCAAGCCAAUCGGUCACAUCCGCCUCAACUGAAACAGCCCAGAAACAAAAACCAGAUGUUCACCAUAAGAAAGGUCAAAAGGAUGUAAGCAAAAAAACUGAGACAUCUCCACAAAAGAUGAAAGUGACUGCAUCUGCCGGCAAACAACCCUCGGAGGACGAUGAGAAGUCUGCAGCUGUACGCGUAACGCCACCGGUUUCAGGAAAUAUGGUAGAAGAUGAUUGGCAGGAAAUACCAUCGACAAAAAAGAAGAAAUCGCGUGCUAGGAAGGAGUAA